AUGAGUUUGGAACUUUUGACUGAUAAAUUGGACGCACUCGAGCAGUACGGACGAAAAAAUACGCUCGAGAUCCGUGGAGUGCCUUUCUCUGAAAAUGAAAACGUUCGCGACUUGGUGUUGGCGACGUGUAGGGCUGUUGGAGUGGACGUAGGAGCCGAAGCGAUCGACAUCUGUCACCGGCUGAAGGCAAGCGCUGCGCAGCCGACGCCAGCAAUAGUCGCCAAGUUUGUGCGUCGCGAUGUCGCUCAUCAGGUACUCAGUGGAAAGAAGCAGGUGAGGAGACUGUCAUCUCGUGUAUUCGGCUUACCAGGUGAGGAACAGCCAGUUUACAUAAACGGGUCACUAACAUUGGUGCGAAGAAAGAUGUUGUCUCAGGCAAAGAAACUUCAAAGGGAGCGAGGUUACAAGUAUGUUUGGGUUGACUGGGCUGGGAAUGUGAAAAUUCGUCCUGUGGAUAAAGGAAGGGUAUUUACAGUUAAUAAUGAAAAUGAACUGCAGACUUUCAUGGCCAAGUGUGCCUAGUACUAUUCAUGUAAUAAGCUCAAUUAUUUUGUUUAUUUUUUGCAUUCUCGGAGAGGACAGUUUUUUUUUCUUCUAUUGAUUGUUUCUAUCAAUAUGUAUUCUUGUAAAU